AUGGCCUUCAAUGACCUCCUGCAGCAGCUGGGGGGCAUCGGCCGCUUCCAGCAGAUCCAGGUCACUCUGCUGCUCCUCCCCAUGCUCCUGAUGGCCUCCCACAACACCCUGCAGAACUUCACGGCCGCCAUCCCCACCCACCACUGCCGCCCACCUGCCGAGGCCAACCUCAGCAAGGAGGGGGAGGCCUGGCUGCCUCGGGACAGACAAGGUCAGCCCGAGUCCUGCCUCCAGUUCACCUCCCCCCAACAGGGACCGCCCUUUCCCAAUGGCACAGAGAUGGAUGGCGUGGGGGCCACAGAGCCCUGUACCAAUGGCUGGAUCUACGACAACAGUGCCUUCCCUUCUACCAUCGUGACUGAGUGGGACCUCGUGUGCGCAUGCAAGAUCUUGCUCCAGUUGAGUCAAUUCAUUUUCAUGGCAGGAAUGCUGGUCAGAAGCUUGAUGUUUGGGACCUUGACAGAUAGUCUGGGCCGGUGGAAGGUAAUGAUCUGGACCUACCAGCAGUUAACAGUAUCAGAGACCUGCACUGCCUUCACACCCAACUUCCCAUCCUACUGCACUUGCCACUUCCUCUCAAGCAUGGCUAUCAGUGGCAUCAAAAACAACGCCCUGACAUUGAGUGUGGAGUGGCUGCCCAACCAUUCCCGGCCAUGUCUGAGCCUCUUAGUUGGAUUAGUUUCCAGCACAGGCUGGCAUGGCUUAUGCUGGCCCUACUGGUGCCACCUGCAGCUGUUGUUUUCUCUGCCCUUCUUUGUCUUCAUCUACUCCAGGUACUUCACUGAGUCUGUCCUCUGGUCCUCCUCUUUGGGGAGGCUGGACCUCACCCUGAAGGCCCUACAGAGAGUGGCCUAGAUCAAUGGGAAGCAGGAAAUGGGAGCCAAGCUGAGUAUGGAGUUGCUCCAGAUGAGUCUACAAAAGAACCUGACCAUGGGCCUAGCCCACCCUGUGUUACAGCUGCUAUGCUCCCCUGCUGUUCACCACCUCCUAUUCUGCCUCGUGUCACUGUGGUCCGCAAUCUUCUUCAGCUUCUAUGGUUUAGUCAUGAGUCUGCAAAGUUUUGGGAUUAACAUCUACCUGAUGCAGGCGCUCUUCACAAUUGUAAGAUUAUUUUAUUUCCUGGGCUUUUUGGCCACCAAAUUGCUGGACCUCAGGCGUACCCAAAUGGCCUCCUCACUGCUGUCAGGGAUCUGCAUUCUGGCCUGUGUGAUGAUACCGCUGGACUUGUCAUUCCUUCACAUCACGAUAGCUGUGUUAGGAAAAGACUGCCUGGCUAGCUGUUUGAACUGCAUCUUUAUGUAUACACCGGAGCAGUACCUCACAGUAAUACGGCAGAGGGAUCUGAGCAUGACAUCAACUUUGGCCAACGCAGGCAACAUCCUGAGCCCACUGGUGGGCAUGGCCACCGAGAUCUACCCCUCCUUGCUCUUCAUCUACGGAGUGGUCUCUGUGACUGCCUGCACCGUCACCAUCUUUCUACCAGAGACCCUGGGCCAGCCCAACACAAUUCAGGACCUGGAGAGAAGGUGGGCUGUGGAAAGAGAAUUGGGGCAGGAGCAGCAGAUGGUCCUGCUCCAGGCCUCCUGA